CUCCCUAAUUCCUCCUCCUCCUCGGUCGUUCGUGUCCUUGUAGGCUUGCACCCGACCAACUAGCAUCGGCCUGGCAAAGCUCUGAACCUGAAAGCGGGAAGCGUCUGUGACUGAAAUAGCAUAAUUAACUUCUCAGCGGGCACAACUCGAGAAAUAUUUUAGAAACCAUGACGAGCUACCACAAACCUGAUGAAAAAACUCUGCAGGGGCUGAAAGAUAUAGCUAACAAGCUUAGGAUUAACUCCAUCAAGGCUACAUGCGCCUCUAAGUCUGGGCACCCCACAUCAUGCUGCAGUGCGGCAGAGGUCAUGUCUGUGCUCUUCUUCCACACAAUGCGCUAUAAAGCAGAUGAUCCUCGCAACCAGUGCAAUGAUCGCUUUGUACUAUCCAAGGGUCAUGCUGCACCUAUCCUGUAUGCUGUCUGGGCAGAGGCAGGUUUUGUGAAGGAAUCUGAUCUGGUCAACCUACGCAAGAUUGACAGUGACCUGGAGGGGCACCCCACACCAAAACUGGAUUUUGUUGAUAUGGCAACAGGAUCUCUGGGACAGGGUCUUGGGGCAGCCUGUGGGAUGGCCUACACCGGCAAACAUUUUGACAAAUCCAGUUACCGUGUGUACUGCCUGCUUGGUGAUGGAGAGUGUUCAGAGGGCUCUGUGUGGGAGGCCAUGGCCUUUGCCUCCUACUACAAGCUGGACAACCUGGUGGCUAUUCUAGAUGUCAAUCGGCUUGGUCAGAGUGAGCCUGCGCCCCUGCAGCACGACAUGGAGACCUACCGCAAACGCUGUGAAGCUUUCGGGUGGAACACAUAUGUUGUGGAUGGACAUGAUGUGGAAGAGCUGUGCAAAGCUUUCUGGCAGGCUCAGCAGUUCAAGGGCAAACCGACUUGCAUUGUCGCCAAGACAUUCAAGGGCAAAGGACUCAAAAAUAUUGAGGAUCUUGAAAACUGGCAUGGCAAGCCCAUCCCUCAGGACCUAGUGGAUGACCUCCUGAAGGAUCUUCAGUCUCAGAUCCAGGUCCCCAACAAGGUUCUGUGCCCUCAACUGCCCAGUGAUGACACGGCACCUGCAGACCUUAGCACCAUCUCCCUGCCUUCACCCCCAGCAUACAAGAAGGGAGAAAAGAUUGCAACAAGGCGAGCAUACGGUGUGGCUGUGACCAAACUAGGCCAGGCAAGCCAGAGAGUGGUGACCCUUGAUGGAGACACCAAAAACUCCACCUUCUCAGAGACCUUCAAGAAGGCCUUCCCUGAUCGCUACAUUGAGUGUUUCAUUGCUGAGCAGAAUAUGGUAGGAGUGGCCAUGGGCUGUGCCACCCGUGACCGCACAGUUGCAUUUGCCAGCACAUUUGCAGCCUUCUUUUCUAGAGCCUAUGAUCAGAUCCGUAUGGGAGCUAUCUCUCAGUCAAAUGUCAACCUGGUGGGGUCCCACUGCGGCGUCUCAAUUGGUGAGGAUGGUCCCUCCCAGAUGGCCCUUGAAGAUUUGGCCAUGUUCCGUGCAAUCCCAACGUGUACUGUGUUCUACCCUAGUGAUGGUGUGUCAACAGAAAGGGCUGUUGAGAUGGCAGCCAACACAAAGGGUAUUUGUUUCAUCCGUACCAGUCGACCAGACACUGCAGUCAUCUACUCGCCAGAUGAGAAAUUUGAAGUGGGCAUAGCCAAAGUGGUGCGCCAGUCUGACAGUGAUAAGGUGACUGUGAUUGGAGCUGGUAUUACUCUGCAUGAGGCCCUUGCUGCUGCCGAUAUGUUGGCCAGUGAAGGGAUACACAUCCGUGUGAUUGACCCGUUCACCAUCAAGCCCCUGGAUGCCACUACCAUUCUGGCCAGUGCCAAAGCCACAGGAGGACAAAUCAUCACUGUAGAGGACCACUAUAAGGAGGGUGGUCUUGGUGAAGCAGUGCUAUCAGCAGUGGGCAGUGAGCCUGGUAUUGUUGUGACCCGGCUAGCAGUAUCUGGUGUUCCCCGCAGCGGAAAGCCCCAAGAGUUGCUUGACCGCUUUGGCAUCAGCGCCAAGCACAUCGCCAAAGCUGUCCGUCAGACCUUUGCAAACUAAGAACUGCAUCUGAUCUUACUCUUGUUGCUCUGUUCAGUCACAACCAGCUUCUUGCCCAACUUGCAUCUACCUGGCAUGAAUUGCUAUUAACUUCUGUGCUCAAGGGCCACCUGUGGCUUUGACUUCAGUGCAGCAUGCUGACCCUACUAAUCAGAGUAAAGUCGGGAGGGUAGUGCACUGUUGUCCAGGCUUUUUGUGUUUAUGGCUUUGAGUAACUUCUUCCCAGAUGGGUUUUGUUAUUAUUGGGAUGACAUUCCUUGUAUGCCAUUUUCAGAUGGUGUCUUGCAAGUUGCUCAGAUCAGCCCAUACUAUAAAUGUAGUGCUAGUCACGUAAAACAGCCUGUACAUGUUGUUAUCCACUGACUUCUGUUGCCUUCCAGCCCUCAUUGUCACAUUCCUGACAACCAUGUCUCCUCUUUGGCUGGCAUUCAUGUCUUUCCUAUGAAGCACAGUUUGCUAGUUUCAGUUGGUCUUUAACGCUUAAUCUGUAGCCGAGUGUGAAAUGUUUAGCCAGUUAUGAACUGUUUGAGCACUUCUCUCAACUCCUGACAAAGUAUCUUGUACUUUCAUUGCUGUAAUAUGCUAAAUUAAAAAUAAUUGCGUGAAUGUC